GAUGCCGCGGAGAGACGCAUCCCGCACAUCCCGCGUGUCCCGCAAGACCCGCGUGUCCCGCAACUCCCGCUUGUCCCGUAACUCCCGCGUGUCCCGCAACUCAAGCAACAUGACUCGCGCCAGACUCUCCAGUGCUAGUGAAGUGCUCUUAUUUUUGGAAGGAUAAAUUAGUGUUGUGAUACAGACGCGCGACGUGAUAAUAUGAAACGAUGAACGUCAGGAGGAAUCAAACCGAGAAACGGCCUAAUCGGAAGCGAAAGCCGUCUCGUGGGAAGUCUGAGAGGUUAGCGCGUGUGGCGCGGGAGGAAGCCCGCCCCAAGCAGUGGACGGAAGACUCCACAAUAAACUACAUAAACGGGGGCUGCGGCACGUCGUCAUGCGGCGCGGAGGCGGCCUGCAAGCCCGUCAACGCCACCGUCCACUACUGCGUCUGCACCUCCAAUGGGGAGCCCGCCAAGGAGGGCGUCAUAUGCCCCAGGAGUACAGUGCCCCUGACCCAGCGGCAGGCGAUCCACAACGUGAUCCCGCCGCGGCCGUCCAACGCCACGGAGCGGUUCCCGCCGCCCACCGCGCAGGUGCCCGGAAUUUACCCUAGUGAAAUGAUAACCGAGGAGUCCUCGAGGGAAGAAUCUUUCAUAAGCUCCAGUACUUAUAUGAGUUCGAGCGUCUUAGCAAUAUCUGGCUGCACCGUGUUCAUAUUAGUUCUAUUUGUGGUCGCUCUGUAUAUUAAAAGGCGAAUGUGCAACGUGGAUGGAAAAAUAAAGCCCCGCGUACGGCCGGGGGAGCCGCUGCUCGCUGAACGGUAUAUAACGAACCCGCAGUAUGGCGUGUGCGGCGCCGGCACCGCCCCCGCUCCCGCGCCCCCCACACCUGCGCCUCUCCCGAACAAGACGGACGAGGCCGAGGUCACGCUGCUGGAGAGGAACGCGCUCACCUUCCUAGAGGAGGUCGGCGAGGGUUGCUUCGGAAAAGUGUACAAAGGAGUACUUCGGAGUGUAACGAAUGAGCAGGUGGUCGCGAUUAAAGUCCUCAAAGAUAGCGCGGGCCGGACUGCAGAAGAGGACUUCGUCAGAGAAGUGUCCAUCAUGUCCACGUUCCGACACACCAACAUUCUGUCCCUGAUCGGUGUGGUGUACAGAGAUGACACAAACGUCAGCCCAUGGAUGGUAUUUGAAUACAUGGAGUGGGGCGACCUAGCGGGCGUGCUGCGCGGCUCGAGGGGAGGAGGUCGGAACGGCCUCACGCUAGACGACGCCGCCCUGCUGCACGUGGCCCUGCAGGUCGCGUGCGGGAUGCAGUACCUCGCCUCGCGGAGAUUCGUCCACCGCGACCUCGCCGCUAGGAACUGCCUGGUCGGCGCCAACCUGGCGGUGAAAAUCGCGGACUUCGGGAUGUCGCGCGACGUCUACACGUGCGACUACUACAAGAUGGGCGGCGAGCGGCCGAUGCCGGUGCGGUGGAUGUCGCCCGAGAGCAUCGUAUACGGCCGAUUCACGCACGAGUCGGACGUGUGGUCGUACGGCGUGGUGCUGUGGGAGAUAUACAGCCGGGGCAAGCAGCCCUUCUACGGCUGCAACAACGACGGGGCCACGAAGAAGAUCCUCCAGGGUAUCCUGCUCGUGCCGCCGGACGACUGCCCGCGGUUUGCGUGCGAGCUGAUGCGGGCGUGCUGGGCGACCGACCCCCGGGACCGGAUCGGGUUCGACGAGAUCUGCGGCAAGCUGGAGACGGCGUCGGCGGCCGGCGGAGCGGUGCAGCCGGUGCGGCUGCCGCGGCCGCCGCCCGCGCCGCUGGACUCGGCCGGGUACCUGGUGCCGACGACGCCGCCGAACGUGGACUACCUGAAGCCCCUGCCGGACUCGGACCCCGACUCGGAGUUCAGUGAGGACGACGACGUGGAGGAGUUCACCUGACGGGGGGCCGCGGCGCCGGGCUCGCGCUACGUGCCCCGCUCCUCGCCCCGGGCUGCGCCCUACCCCGACGUCGCGCUGCUCUUGCAGUCUGCCCUCGAACAGUACGACUGCUAAAGCCGCACCUCGUUCGUAGUAAAACUGGUGGUAAAAUGAUGUCGUCAAAUGAGUUGCGUAUACCUACCAUAGAACGGCAAGUUUUUGAAGGGAAUAGUUAGCAGGUUUAGGCUGCCAAAAGACGUUAAUAAAACGAUGUAAAAUUUAUUAAUUGUACGUUUUCGUGAUGUAGUGCCAUAUUAUGUCAACCAAAAAACCAAUUAACUGUAAAUAUACAGUGCCAAUGAUGAA